CUCUUGGCCGCUUUGCAGCGUAACCGUCACAUGGCCGAACCGAGUCCGCGGCGGCUAUUUAAGGGGCGGCGGCGCGCCUUCAGCACCACUUCGCUGUCCACCGUCCCGAGGAGAGCAGGCUCGCACAGCGAACACCACGCGCCGGCUUUCACUUCGACCGCACCGAGCAACACGUCCGCCAACAUGCCCAGGUCUUUUCUUGUGGAUUCCUUGAUUCUAAGGGAGGCCAGCGACAAAGGGAACGAGAACCACCCGCCGCUGUUCCCGUACGCCGUGCACUCGCCGCACCACCCGCACGGGCUCCCGGGCUCCUGCCACUCCAGGAAAGCGGGGCUCCUGUGCUUCUGCCCGCUGUGCAUGGCCGCGUCCCAGCUCCAUCCUUCGCCGCCGACGCUGCCGCUCCUCAAGGCGUCCUUUCCUCCCUUCGGCUCGCAGUACUGCCACUCGGCUCUGUCGAGGCAACACUCUUCAUCCAACGGCGUGAACCUCAGCCACGCACCGGGGAUUUACCAAGCUGCGUACUCGGUCCCAGACCCGCGACAGUUCCACUGCAUCUCCAUCGAAAACAGCAGUGGCAAACUUCAGAGCAGCAAGCGCAUGCGCACCGCCUUCACCAGCACACAACUUUUGGAGCUGGAGCGCGAGUUCACCUCCAACAUGUACCUCUCCAGACUGCGGCGCAUCGAGAUCGCCACAUACCUGAACUUGUCCGAGAAACAGGUGAAAAUCUGGUUCCAGAACCGCAGAGUGAAGCACAAAAAGGAGGGAAAGGGCAGCGGCCAGAGGACUGGGUCACACAACUGCAAGUGCUCGUCCCUGUCAACGGCGAGAUGCUCGGAGGAAGAGGAGGAUGACAUUCCCAUAUCUCCAUCCUCGUCCGAAAAGGAGGAUGCAGACCUGUCCGUCUCCCCCUGAACUGCCCCUCGAAAAGAUUUGUCCUCAUGAUUUUGAAAACUGCCAAAAAAAAUAAGACUGUUCAACUUGUGUUCAGACGCCUGUACAUAGACAGAGAAUAUUUAAUCAGGGAACCAACCCUGAAUUAUUGUAUAGCUGUAUACAUGUUGUACGUUUUGUAUGUAGUUUUUUUCUGAAAACGGUCAAUUUGUUGUCGCCAAUCCGACGUGGUGGGCACAUUUGUAAAGACAAACCCCAAUGACAAAAGAACAAUAGCAACAUUGUUUAUAGUAUUUUGGGGGAAGACAGUAUUUUGUAUACACGGUGAAUACUGGUUAGACUCAUUCUAUGUGGAUGGAACUGUGACUUCAAAUGUGAAACCUGGAUAGGAAUGUCCUCACCGUCACACUGCCGAGAUCACUCUGAAAUUAUAUCUUCAGUGUAAUUGAAAAAUAUUUAUUUAUUUAAAAAUGUUGAUACUUAAAUAAAAAAUAUCUGAGCGGUAUACUACCUUGUUGUGUGAGUUAAAUAUGUUUUUGGGUCUUUGCGCACACUGAGUGCGCACAGUGGCGCGCGUAAAAACGGGUUUAUAUUU